CUCGCCGUGAGAAAGGGCACCUUUCGCCUCCCACGAUGCCGCUGCUGCUCUCCGCAGCCGCGCUGGUGCUCGGGGUGGCCGUCGAGCCGACGCAGCGCCGCCCUCCUCCGCAUGUCGUGCGGCGCACGACCCAGGACCGCGACGCCGCGGCGCCUGGAGCGUGGGUCUCCGAGCGGCGGCAGAGGCGGCAGCAGCUGCUGGUGAGGCAGCUGAUUUUGCAGCAGCAGCAGCAGGGGCCACAGCAGGGGCAGCAGCAAAUGCGUGAGGCGCAGCAGCAGGAGCGGCCGCCGCAGUCGCGCGAGGGAUUCGAUCCCUUUGCGCCACUCGACAACCUCGCCCGCGCCUCGCAGCAGCGGCUGGACGGUGCGAUCGUCGAGGAGCUCUUGGCGGGAGGGGAGGCGUCGCUCCCCGGCGUGGGCACAGCGCUGCCCGCCGGCCCGGCGGCGACCGCCCGCGCCGCCGACCGCCUCGAGGCUGGCGAGGCAGCGCCGCUCGAGGAUGCGAGCGUGCUGCACCUGCUCGAGCGCGAGGCUGCGGCUGCGGCAGACCACCUGCUCCGCGAGCCGUCGGUGCUGCGCGGCUUCUCGGCCUCGACCGGCCUGCCCACGCGCCCCGUGCGGACGCGGCCCCUCGGCAACGAGGACACCCUCCGCCUCGUCCAGCGUGCCUGGUUCUUUCUGACGGCGUCCGAUGCGCGGAGGGAGCUGGCCGCCGAGGCGGCGGAGGAGGCGGAGGAGGCGGGCGGCACGGUCAGGCCGCCCGCCUCGCUGCAGGCGGUCCUCAGCCGCAUGCGCCACACCGACAAGCCCGCCGCCGCCGCCGCUGCCUCCGCCACCGCCGCCGGCGCGGCUGCGGCUGCCGCCCAGUCGAGCGGCGUCUGCGCCCCGUGGGCCUCUCGCGACGUCGCCGAGCUGCGCGAGAUGCUGCCGCCCUCGAUGAGCGACGUCGAGUUCCGACUGCGCGAGUCUAUUGGCCGAGCCGCCUACAACCGCCUCUUCGCCGAGAACCAGGGCCUGAUCUACCGCGAGGUGAACCAAGUCAUCCCGAACUGGAGGGACGCGUCGGUCAUGGAGAAGGCCGACUUUUUGCAGGAGGGCGCGCAGGGACUCCUCCGCGCACUGCGCCUCUUCGACGUCGGACGCGGCGUCGCCUUCUCCACCUAUGCCGUCUGGCACAUCCGCGCCUUUGUCUUGCGAGCCGUCCGCGACAAGGGGCGGCUCGUGAGGCUGCCUCAGGCGCUGCAGCAAGACAUGCAGCAGAUCCGCAGGGCGCGGUACCGACUAGCUGUCGACAACUCGGGCGCCCGCCUCCCCGCCUCCCAGCCCCCCCCCCCCCCCAUGCUGACGAUCGACCCCGGGCAGGCGGCCCUCACCGGUCUUGCAAACUCGGCGACCCUCUCGCUCGACGCGGCCGACCCGCCCCACCUCGUCGUUGGCGGGGGAGGCAGCGCGCGCGUGCCCACCCUCGCCGACCGCGUCGCCCUCCGCCUGCCCGCCAAUCGCGCGGGGGGCGCAUCCGGCGCAGAGCGGCUGCUGCAGGCGGACGAGUUUGCGUCGACGUUGCGGAGAACGCAGCGGGCGCGAGACCCGCGCCGCGCGACAAUGGCGAGGCUCAAGUACGGCCUCGAGGACGGGCGGGAGUGGACAUACCCGCAGCUAGCGCAGCGGUACAACAUGACAGUCGACGGGGCGCGCGGGGUGGUGCGGGCGGAGGUGGCAUUUCUCCGCAAGGAGAAGGAGAAGCUCGCGCACUUCGUCGAGUGACGCCAUGUCUGAUGUCUUUGCUUCUCGCGUCAUGUCUGGCGCAUAUGAUAACCAUAUGGCCCAUGCCGGUUGCCGC